AUGGUGAAGAAGAAACCCCAAAAUGCUAGCCUGAACAUUCAAGGGUUGGCAUCCACGGAUGACAACAACAAGAAGUCUCUAGGUUUGUCAGAUAUGGCGAGCGGCUAUGAGCAUUGGGAGGAAAAUUGCUCUGAGGACGUCGUGUUUGCGCAUCCACCCAAGAAUAAGAUCAAAGCAGCGACUAUCGGAUUGCGCUUCCGGAUCCCUACCAAGGGUAGACCUUCGGCAAAGCCACUUCCAGACACACGGGUAUACCGAAAGCUUGUUGUCCAAUCCGACGCAGGUAUCAGCAACACCUCCAAAGACAAGCCGAAUGGUGCAAGUGACUCAGAGGCACUGCAGAUCCUACAAGCCAUCUGUGCAGCAUCCCCCAAAUUCUCAACAGAUCUACUGACGAGGUCGCUCCUUCAAAUACCCCAGGACCAGAUAUGUCUACCAAUUCCAGAGGGUAAAACUGCACGAACCAGACGACACAAUGCAGAUGACGGAGGAGCUGAAGAAGAAGAAGAUGAUGAUGAUGAUGAAGGGGAAGACGACAACAAUGUACAGAAUGGCUAUUACACGCACAAUGGACUGGAUAACAGCAAGCCUCCUAUGUCCGAUAUCAAUGACAUAUUCCGCUCUCUAGCCCAGACUGGCCUGAAACAUGGGCUAAAAGAGGCGAUUGAGCCCUUCAUGAAUCAGAACAUGCGACUAUUCACCAUGUGCUCUGGCACCGAAAGUCCCAUCAUCGCCAUGGAUCUGAUUCAGAAGGCACUGAAGCGAGAUGGCGUGGACAAUUUCAAUUACCAGCAUCUUGGAAGCGCGGAGAUAGAGCCACAAAAGCAGGCAUUCAUUGAGAGGAAUUUCCGCCCUCCCGUCAUCUUUCGCGACGUUACCGAGUUCAAUGCUUACGCGCAUGACAAGAUUGAAGCGAACAAAAACCACAGACCACCCAAAGAGCAGCUCAGACCAUACACAGCGUAUGGCAGGCGUGCAGAUCCCCCAGACGGUGUCCAUAUCCUCGUGGCCGGUUCAUCUUGUGUCGACUAUUCGAUCCUGAAUUCCAAGAAGGAGCAGGAUGGCGAAUCUCGACGCACGCUUCUCGGCAUUGUCGCCUACGCGAAGGCUCAUCAGCCAAAUAUCGUCAUCUUGGAAAACGUCGCGAGCGCUCCAUGGGAUGAGGUUUCGGACAAAUGGAACAAUGAUGACUUGCAGUAUCAUGUGACAGCUGUGCAGGUGAAUUCUCUCAACUAUUAUCUGCCACAGACUCGGGUUCGAGGAUACUGCCUUUUGAUUAAUAAAAAGCAUGCUCUCAAUGUCGGACUUGACCUUAAAGAGGCCAGAAGAGAGUUUGUUCGCUGCAUGGCACGCUUCCAGCGCCGAGCGUCAUCUCCCUACAGUGACUUCAUUCUCAAAGAAGACGACGUACGCCUUGCGUUGGCCAAGACCAAUCCCUACGACUUCAAUACCCGAGAGAAGAUGGUCAACUGGACUGCAUGUCGGAAGCGACAUUUGGCUAUGCGCGCCCAGUUGAAAUUGGGAAUGUCGACUCCUUAUACCAGACGCCAGAACAACGCCCAGUGCAAGCUGGACGAUCACGCCUGGCAGCGCUGGGUACUUGGACAGACCGAGAGAGUGAUAGACACCCUCGACAUCAACCAAUUACGGUACGUGUGUCUUCGAGAUUAUGACAUGCGGAUGAAAUUCAGGAAUUUCAACAUCUCCCAGAAUAUCGAUCGCGACGAGGAUCGACGACAAUGGGGUGUUGUCGGAUGCAUUACACCAAGAGGUAGCCUGUUCCAUACUGCCAGAGGGGGUCCAUUGGUUGGCCUGGAGGUCUUUGGCCUACAAGGCAUGCCCAUUGGCGACUUGAACCUGAGCAAAGAGUCGUCCAAUGAUCUGCAGGAUCUUGCAGGGAAUGCGAUGACUACCACUGUCGUCGGUGCUGCUAUACUCAGCGGCCUGAUUGCAUGUCACAAGGCGGCAAGACAGCAGCAUGGCUCUGGUCGCCCGGAAAGCAUUUUUCAGAAGUACGUUGACGAAUUUUGGACCGAUUCAGAGACGGAUGGCAGCGCCUUGUCGUACCCUUUGAUGUCUGGACAGGAGCUCAUCACCCAACAUGGGCAACCUCCCUUGAAACGCGACCACAUUGAAUUCAGCCUCCGAAGUGCAAUUCCAAUUGACGAUCUCAUCGUUGCCGCUCAGAGCUCCCAACCAUUGUGUCGGUGCGAAAGCCUAGGCCAUCUGACCAAUGGACUGAAGAUCUGUCCGGUGUGCUUCUACACGACCUGCAACUCGUGCAGUAGAGACCCUCACCAUGGUCUACGAGACCUGUCUGUGCAGCCAGGAUCUCGCCGCCUUCUCAGAAGCUUCAUUGAUGAUUUGAUCGAGUGUCUGCCUCCGAUUUUGGCUUUGCGGGGACUUUCUGCUUCUGUACUCAAACAUUUCACUGGCAGAGGCAGCUUCUCGGGCAUACAAGCGAUCAUGGAGACUGCCAUCCAACAGCCUCUCUACUUCCAAGGUGUCAAGUUCGACCGAUCUUGGAAAGCCACUUAUGAGUCGGGAUCUGCUAUGCUACAGCUCGAUUUCACUCCAAUCUUUCCCCACCGUCCUUCAGCUCCAGAUGGUCCGUCAAUGAUUCUUGACCAUGUCACCUUGGAACCUACGUGGCUGCUUUUCGUGAGACCUCCGAGCACCGAGCCGGCUGGAAGCAAAUCACGAAUUCUCUUACAACAUCCGGUGGCUAAGAUGCGUUGCGGCAAGGACUUGAUGUCUGGAGACUGGGCGCUGUGGAAUGGUCCCGAAAAGUCUUACAAGUUGCAAAUCUCCGGUUGCGGCACUAAAGUACCAGCAUGGGAGCAAACCCUUGGAAUCAAGAGAGGCCCGUUCAACAAGAUGGAUGUGUUUCCGGAGCUGGAGAUCAGAUCUGCCACUGGUACAAGAUCCCACGAACCUGACGUGAUGAGACGAAUCGUUGGCAAGUACGGACUGUUCCAGGACUGUCCCGCAGCCAGCGGAACAUUGCACCGACGAGUCGCUCAAUCGGAAUCUGAAGACAGUCCUAUCUUUUUGUUCUUGGACCCUCAGCCGUUGGGAGACGCGCUUCUUGAUUGUUUUGUUUUUGCUACGCAACCGCCUCGUGGCACCUCAGUCGAUAAUCGAAGCGUUUUGGCGAAGCUGCAAGCAUCAUGGAGACCUGCUUUGGUACCAGACGCUCCACAGGGCGAAGAGAUCAACUGUGAGCUUCUAGGGCAUUGGACGACAUCGCCAGGCCUGAAGCUAGCCAUGCCUGAAGACGGACGGCAAAUCCACAAGUGGUAUCAGGACGCCGACGCCUAUGCCAUUGCAAAUGUGCCUUGCCACGAUGCUGCCUCAACUUCCCUAGUCCUUGAGCUACCACUCAACCAGGAGCAGCGGAAGAAAUUUCCCCAAGGCCACGUUAUCACAAUUGACCUGGAAAACAAACCUGACGCCCUUCACGGUUUCGGGUGGAUCUUGUCUCAUGCAUCAAAGGUUCCUUAUUUGUACAAGGACGAUGACAAGGAUGGAAAAUGGCAAUCUGGAAACGACGCGCAAGUCUCACCAUGCCUCACAUGUGCUCCGCAACCACCCAUACUGAGAUGGCUUCUGAAGAAAGUGGGCCAGCGAGAUAUCAUCAAGCCUUUCGAGGAUCCAGAAGAUGCGGCUGUGCAUGAGGACGCAUUGAAGCAUAGACCGAAGACGGCGACGGCGACGAUACACUGUCAUGGCGAGACAGCUUUCUUGGACAUAAAGGUCAAUCUCCCAACACUCAUCCAUCGUGCAAAGGCGCAAUUUUCUUCAAGCCCAAAAGCGUCUGCCCAGGGCAUUGAGGCGAGCUGGCGACUGGCGCGCCAUGAUCCUCUAGCAGCUCGACCAACAUUUGGAUCUCUUGAGCUAGGCUCUAACUUGCUGGAACAACCAAUUGCGACGACGACAGUCCGAGGUCGCCAUCUGUGGUCUUCGCAGCGCAAGGCUCUCGCCUGGAUGCAGAAGCAAGAACGAGAACCCCCUAUUUGGAAAGAGAUGGCGGUUGUUGAAUCGAUUUUGCCUGCGCUAGGAUGGCGUCUCGAAGCCCGGGCCGCGACUGAGAUGGCAGUGCGAUGUGGAAUCAUUGCGGAUGAUGUGGGAGCCGGGAAGACGACUACAUCACUGGGCUUAGUAGCCUUGGAUUACAAGAGCCUCCAGUCGCCCACGCCGCGUCCGUUCGUCGCAGAACCACUUGCCACACAUAUCAAUACCGAUGCGACUCUAGUUCUCGCUCCGAGAAACAUUCUCAAGCAAUGGGAGUCUGAGUGCGUUGAAUGCUUAGGGUGGAAGAAAUAUGCUGCGAAACUGGGCAACAACAACCCUCGACCUUAUUACAUACUCGUCCACUUCACCAGAGAUUUCCUCAAGAUUUCUCAAGAAAGUCUGCAGGCAGCUUCUCUCAUUCUUGCACCCUGGGAUAUGUUCGAGGACGAUAAGUAUUGGACUCCGCUACGUAAGCUUGCGUGCGCCCCUGAUAUCCCGAGCGAUCCUGGUCGAGCCUUCUCCGAAUGGUUGGAAUCUUCGCUGCAAACCUUUGGACAGGCGUGGAAGCAGUCUGCAGGGAAUAAGACGCAAUUUUGGGGUUGUUGGGACGACAUCCGAGCCGGGCGCAACAACUAUGAUCGCUUCAAAGGUUUCAAGACUCGGGCAAGCAAUAAGGCAGAGCGCGCUAAGCAAGCAAAGGCUGCCAAAGGAGCUGCAGCUGCGAAGCCCACCGGUCAGAAAGCUGCCAAAGCAACGACAAAGACUGCUGGACAGAAGAGAACUAGGGCAGACUUCGAAGCUUCCGAUUCCGUUGAUGCCACCAACCCUAAGUCAGCAGAUGGUGAUUCCGUCCAGCCUGGAGCAGAGGUUCCUGAAGAGAUUGAAGAAGAGACGUACCCUCUGCCAGAUGAUCCUUUCGAGCAAGAACUCGAUGAUUUCCGCGCUGAGGAGGAAUUUCCGACCCUCUUGCAUUUGUUCUCCUUCCGGAGAGUCAUCGUGGAUGAGUUUACGUAUAUCCAUGGGAAGACAUUGCUUGCACUUCUGAAGCUUGCGGCAGGGUCCCGAUGGAUGCUCUCGGGCACUCCUCCUAUCCACGACUACGACAACGUCAACACCAUGGCAAAGCUGUUGGGCACGCGCAUCUCCACCUACGAUGAGGACGGUGGAAAGUUUGGCUUCGGCAGAGAUGGGUCCAAGAUGGUGAGGGACAGAUCAGACGCUCAGGAGUUCCAGUCCUAUCAGAGCCUUGUGUCAGCACCAUAUGCGAAGACCUUAUAUGACCAUGCCACGGAGUUUUCGGCCAUCUUCAUCCGCAAGAAUCAACCCGACGUCGUUUUGCCCCCACGACACGACCAUAACUGCCUGUUCGACCUCAGCCCUUCCGAAAUGGUCACAUACCUGGAAGUAGACCAGAUAGUGGAGGAACAGGACAUCACAUUCAACAGAAAGCCUACAGUACCAGCAACUACAGGCACGGCAAAAGCCAAGGCCGGUAAGAAGGCCAGCGUCAAGGUUGAGACUGAGGCCGAAACCGAUGCCGAGGAAGAUGAAGCACCGGACGAUGGUGACGACGAGUCUGGAGACGACGAAGAUGCAAGCGCCAUUGAUUCCAUCAAAGACGAGCUCAGAAUUGCAGUGGCGCAGAAGAGCGGUCCGAACCACGCACGCAUGUCUGCUGCACCCAUUUUGGCGCAGAUGCUGGUGGAGAUUUCGCGCAAAGAGAUCCGAACCGAAGGGCAAGUCCUGCAACAACUGGCACAAUCGCACGAAAAGCUUCUCAUCGCCAGAUCUGAACAGCUCUUGAAAUGGUUGCAAGAGUUAUGGUACUUGGCCAUGAACCACAAGUGCAAGGACACCGACGUGGUGACAAUGUCCUUCAUCACCCUGAUGUACGAGGUCACGAAUGGCACUCUGCCAGAUCAAGAUGUGCUGCCCAUCAUCAAGCAUCUUCUCUGGAACGCUAAGGAGAACCCUGUCAAGCCGGCACGCAAGCUGAAGGGAAGAAAGCCGGAUGAGCCCAUCGACGUGGCCACCCUGAAGAAACCCGACGUCCAGAAUGAAUUGGACCUUCGUAUGGACCUGGUUCAUACUUUGAUCAACGACCUGGCUCGGGGAUUCUGCCGCCUCCGACUUUUGCGUCUGGUCUCGGGUCUGGUGGAUGCAACGGUUCCUCUUCUCGGGUCCUGUUCGGGCUGCGGCAACGCAGUCCCAUCCAACGCAAACCACCGCGACAUCCAGGUUUCGUGCGGAUGUGGCCAUAUCGUCGCUUGCCCGGCCUGUGCGUCUCCGGACGGCAGCUCCCGCUCGGGCGACAAGCUGUGCUGUCCUUGCUUCUCGGCCGAUCACGUCAAGCCGGCCAGCCACUUUGUGGCAGAGGGAGGGUCUUCUUGGUCGCCGUCGUCUCCCUCGCCCCCUCCUCCCGCCUCCUCCUCUUCUCCUGCCCGGCUCGGCGAGGGCUCGAGACCGGAGAUGGCCUUGUCGAUCCUCCGACAAGCCAUCGCCAAGGAGGAGCUCGCCCUGGUCUUCGUCCAGUUCGAGGACGUGAAGACCGCCUUUGUCCAAGCCUGCGAGAAGGCGGGCAUUGGCUGCAUCGACGGGUUCAAGAACACCCGUGGAGCCGUGGGCCGGUUCCAGAAGGCCGCGGCGGCGUUGGCGAAGGGUAAACCUUCGGGGUCUUGGGUCCUCGUGCUCAAGACCGACAGCGCCGACGCGGCCGGCUGGAACUUGCACAUGGCCAACCAUGUCUUGUUCUUGUCCCCGUUGUUGCUGGCGUCCCGGGAGGAGAGGGCCGCCACCAUGGAGCAGGCUGUCGGUCGGGCCCUGCGGCCACGCCAGGAGAAGCCGGUACAUGUGUACCACCUGGCGGCGCGGGGCACGAUCGAGCAGGGCAUGGUGGCGUCCUUGUGA